UCUGUUCCAAUUUCUUCUACAUUUUGCCAGAUUUUUUCUCAUGGAUGUCUUAAGAAGAAUUUGAGUUCCGAGUGUGUCACAAAAAUCGGCAGUCUGUCGUUCAUGAUCAUGGAGUUCGUAGUGCUGGCCACGAGCCUGUUGCGUCUGUUCCUGGUGUCUGCAGUAUACCUUCUCAACAUUCGGGCCCUACUCCGGCUCACUUGGCGUCCUCGCGCCUGCGUGCAUGCACUCACCACCGGCGCCGUCCUGCUGGUCAGCCUACUCUACCUGAGCAGCUGGGCCCCCUACAUAGCCUACACCCUGGCCAACGGACACUGGCUGCUCCUAAGCGCCCGGCGACACUGUCUCCUGCAAUACUUCGCCGCCGCCGAGAUUGGCGCCGUGCUCCUGGCGCUGCUCGCCGUCCGGCUAAUGCACCGCUGCCUGGUACGCGUGUUCGGGCGUCCGGCGCCAUCGGCCUGCGUCGCCAGCCUGGUUACGUGUCUGGCAUGGCUGGCGCCACAGCUGCUGUACGACGCCGUGGCCGUGACGCGAGACGACGACGCCACGCGCUCGCCGGACGCCUACCGCUUUCUCGACGACCUGCUCGUCGUGCCGCCCCAAGUAGGCUCCAAUAACUCUUCUUCACAUGGCUACCGCGUAGGGUUCAUGAUUUGCAUGCAGCUGCUGAGCGGCCCUGUGCUCAGCUACUAUGUCUGGCAGUAUCUGAUGAUGGUGCUCCCUCUGGCCGGACUUGUUUUGUAUUGCACUGCCCGGCUUAUGAUGGCCUCGCACGUGAGGGGGAGGCAGGAACCUGCGGAAGGGUCACUAGAGGCCUCUGGAGGUGGACGUUUCGGUUUUUUGAGCUGGUCUCGCCGACGUUCUGUCUGUCCAUAUGGCUGCCGCAACAACACUUUUGUAGACAUGGCUCUCUACUACAACUUCAUCUGGCUGGUAUUGCUCCGCCCCCUUGCACUGCUCCACGCCCUAUACAUGCAGAGCGGUGACUGGGAACACCCAUGCUUCUACAUGGAUUUUGGAAGUCAUCUUGUACUUGCCUUUUCCGCAGUCUUCAGCCCAUUUUCCGUUGGAAAGCCUCCCCAAGAAGGGAGUCUUACUGAGACAAUCAAUACCGUUCUCGUCAACAAUGAGUUGCCCCACCCCGAUGUCUGCCCGCCCAUCCCUCCCAGCCACGCCCUAAAAAGAGUCGAGAGUUACGAGAAUAUCCCUUCUCCCGUUGCUCUCAAAGGCAAAGAGCAGCUUGGAGAGGAAAGUGUGUGUUGAGCAUCGGGAUGCUUUUGGAGGCGUGGUCAAUCUGUUUGUCAUUUCUUACAUUCAUAAUCU